AUGUUCUACAUGAUGGGCAGAUGGUCACCCCCAGAUGAAAGAUGCCUACUCAUGGCCAUUGUCAACACGGGUGGUUGGAUGAGUAGCAGUGUAGUUAUCAUUCCCGUAUCCUGUCUUCUCUGCUCCCAUGGGUUUGCUGGUGGAUGGGCUUCCGUCUUUUAUGUCUAUGAACUUUAUAACAAGUUAAUGUUACGCCACUUGAAUGUCAAAAAUUCAGAAACUUUUGUUAAACAAUCUUUAGGAGGUCUUGGAAUGUUUUGGUGCGUUUUGUGGAUGUUGUUUUCGAGCGAUACUCCGGAUCUGGAUUCUGGAAUGAAGGAGGAAGAGAAGAAGUACAUCAAUGCAAGCAUUCGACUGGCUGAAACGAUCGGAGCCAGGAAGACUCAAGGAGUCCCCAAGACGACUUCCUUCUUAUUCAACAGAACUAAACGAACAACCACAAAAGUCACAAAAGACAAUGAAAUCGACAUUUUGAGUAACGUUAACAUCAACAACAACAUCAAAAACAACAGCAACUUCAACAUCAACAUUGACAACAACGAUAACGAAAAUCAGGGUUACCUGUUCAAAUGGCAGACAGCACUAACAUCGCUGCAAUUGUUUGUAUUAUGUUGCAACGAGUUCACACACGAGUGGUUGUUUUACACGUACGUUGUUGUACUGCCCGUUUAUGCCAAGCUCAUGCUCAACUAUCCUAUAUUCGAGUACACGAUUUCGUCCAUCCUGCCAUACGCCGGAUUCUGGUUUGCCAUGAUGAUGACGUCAGGAGCAGCUGAUCGUCUGCAUAGUUAUGGGGUACUUCCGGUCACUCACAUCAGAAAGAUUAUGAAUAGCAUUGGUAAUAUAUGCAGUUUGAUAUCUUCCUCUCUCUUGCUCUCCUUCCUGCUCUUCAGAUGCAACCAACGGCAGGGCCUCAUGUACACAGCCAUAAUCGGAACAUCUUUCAACGCUUUCUACCACUGCGGCUCUCUCUUGGCGCCUUUCGAUUUGGCUUCCAAAUAUGCAGCCGUGCUGGUUGGAGUCAGUGGCAUGGUAAGGGCCUCCGUGAGGUUUCUUGUGCCCAUCUUUGCUGGUUUGCUGCUAAAAAGAGAUGAUGAAGGAAACGGGCUGUUUGACAGGACACAAUGGUGCCUACUGUUUGUAGUCACAUCGGUCAGUCACAUAUCAUCGGCCCUCCUGUACUUGUUUUGUGGCACGGGUGACCAUCAGGCCAGGUGGUUUCACGCUUACCCAGGUUCUUCUCAAAUUAUGUUACGUCACUACAGCAACGAUGCCAUAAGCAGUAACGAAGAUGAAACAACCGGACGAGAAAGUAAGAUGUUCUCUGAAAACGCGACAUCGUUAUUACCAAAACCGAAAAGUGGCAUAAAAGCGGUUGAAAUAACUGCUGAAGGUAAUAAAGUUAAUGAGGUUAUCAAUUUGAACAAGCAAAUCAAUUUAACAGCUGCUGAUGUGACAACACGUGCGACAUUGGCGUGCAAACACAGUGACCAUCCUCAGAGCUCUCCAUCAUUUCUGACCACAACAAAGCCGACAACAUUAAAAAAUAAAUCACCACAAUAUCCUCGUCACCAACAACUACGUUACCAACAGCAACAACAUCAACAAUACCAUCAACCACCACCUCUUCAACUACCAACACCCACAACUUUUCCCAAAAGAUGGACUCAAGUUGAUUCGGAAAUAACAAUGAGUAGCAGCAGAGAUGGCACGAGUGAAGACCUUUACAGCGAGGACCACUCCCUCAUCUCCACCAACACCUCCGUUGAAUGCGAUACUUCAUUCCAUUUCGAUAUGGCAGAUAAGCUCAGCAACAUCCACUCGUGCGGUGAUUUCCAAAUGAACCGAACUAAUAAACUUCAGAACACAUCUGAAGAUGUCAGAGAAGAUGCUGUUGGCAAAGAAAAAAGAGAAAACAGUGAAGACAAAAAUUUGAAAAGUGCGAAAGGAAAAAUAGGAAAACUAGCGGGUCGCCACUCCAUAUCUUCAUCAACGCCAACUUCGGCCAGGAAUUGGCUGGAAAAAGUGCGCGGCGGUUUCAGUCAGAUCAAUUUGAAGAGAGCGAGUUUCGUUCUCGAUAGUUCCAGUGACAACAGGAAUGAUGAUGAUGACGAUGGUGAUGAUGUUGAUAACGACGAUGUAGCUAGUUAUGAUAACAGUGUGGUGCGCAAUGAUGAUGAUGAUGAAGAAGGUAGCAGUACUAGCAAUGCAAGUUUCGUCAAACGCAUUGAUAAGACUCUUUUCAUAGACAGUGACUUGUCAGAGUCAGUUGUAUGAUGAUGAUGAUGAUGACGAUGAUGAUGAUGAUGACGAUUAUGAUGAUGAUUAGGAUGAGGUUCAAAAUUUUGUACGAAUUAGUUUAUUUAUAAGUGUUGUUGUGCGUGUUCUUGUUUGUGUGUGUUUGGGUGUAUAUGUGCGUAUGUACACACAUUUUUUUACGUGCGUGUGUUUAUUGUGGGUAGAUGGUAUGGGAGCUGGAGCGACAACUAGUGAGACAAAAUGGUGGCGGCUAACGUUGCGGAGAUGUGACGAAAUGUUCGAAGUGUUGGGAGGUGGCUGUGUUUUGAGCAGGAAGAUUACCGAAGAUCCUAAAUUAGAACUUUGAGAUUUUAAAAUAAUACACGAUGAACUUGUUUAUUACAAAUCAGAGCAUUACCAGCAUUCAUUUUUCGGUCUGAAGUCAUUUUUUAUCUUCAAUUUAAUAAUUAUAAUGGAAAGAAA